CACACUAGAGAGGACUGGGAAUGUAGAGAUACAAAAGGCCUGUAUGAGUACAGGGUUGGACUAAUGAAGAAUGUAUCUAUUGGUUCUUAUUCACAUUUUGCAAUCCUCUCUGUUCGUGGUCAACUCCUGUCCAGCCUUAUGUGCCUGCACGUAUGGGAACAGUGGAAUAGCAGAGCUCAGGCUGGUCCAGUGUAGUAACCCUGGAAUCUCAGCUGUUCCCAUUAAUGUCCCAGCUGACACAGUCAAACUUCGUUUGGAAAAGACAUUGAUCACCAAGGUGUCCCGGGCGGCGUUCUAUAAUCUUUCGGAGCUGCGGUUCUUAUGGCUGACCUACAAUUCAAUAACAUCAAUCCACCCAAGCAGCUUUGUCAACCUGAAGGCCAUACGAGAGCUACGUCUUGAUGGGAAUCUCUUGACAUCUUUCCCCUGGGAGGGGCUCAGAGACAUGCCCCUUCUCCAGACUUUGAGUCUCCACAACAACCGUUUGUCCAACCUUCCUGUCCAUGCCUCUCUCUUUCUCCCGAAUAUCACCUAUCUGGACCUGUCUAGUAACAGACUGACUAUAUUACCUGGUGAGCUGUUGGACCUUUGGUUUCCUCUUCCAGGACAACAAGGAGGACAAGCACAAAGAAGAAUUUUGGGUCUCCAUGACAACCCCUGGUUGUGUGACUGCCAGAUCUCAAUGCUGAUGUCCUUGUCCACAUCUCUGGGAAGUCCAGUAGUUCUUGUAGACAAACUGAUGUGCAGCAGGUCCCUGGGUAAGUCAGGAAUGCUGCUGACCCAGGCUGAGCUGUCCCGCUGUAUGAGGCCCUCAGUCCAACCUGCAGCCACCAGGGUCAUCUCUCCACUGGGCAGCAAUGUAAUCCUCCGCUGUGAUGCCACUGGCUACCCAACACCAACACUGACAUGGAUAAAAACUUCAGCCUACACUGAUUGUUGUCAAGAAGACAACGUUGAGAACUCAGAAGACUUACCCAGAAUUUUGGAGAGUUUUUUGCAGGAAUCCCCUCGUGUGGGCGUUCGUUGGUCAGUAAUCAGCCUGAAUGGGUUAUCAUAUAAGGAUGCUGGUGAAUAUCGCUGUCAGGCACGGAACAUGGCAGGGAUAUCUGAAGCCCCAAUUAAACUGAAGGUUAUGGGAGUCACAAGACUGUCCCUUUCAAAGAAGAAGUCCCAAAAGACUCCAUCCAGAUCAUUAUCAAAACACAAGAAGACAUACCAAACCCCGGCUACUACCAUCACCCCCUCAGUGAAGGAAAAUCACAUAAAUACAACACUUUUCAAUAACAAGGCCCAGAAAGCUCACAGUUUGAAAAUGUUUAAAGUAGACAAAGACAUUAAAAGGCAUAAAAUGAUCGCAACAAGUGCCAAGAAAAACACCCCAAGUGCGAUCAAGUCAGUAACUGAAUCCUAUGACAAAUCUUCAAAUACUUUGUUGUCAGAAACACUUGUUUGAUACAACAGAGUUAGUCAGUUACUUGGUUGACUGAUGGGACUGGGAAAAGCAAAUGAAACUGUACUAGAGGUCUUACUUGUAGCUUCAGACUUUUAUGUUUCUGAGGAAUUCUGCACUGAAAAGUUAUGCACAUUUGUUCGUGUAUGUACAUGUGUGUUGAUGCAGCUUGUUUGGAAAGAUAAAAUUUGUGACAGAAACUUGAAUAUAGUGUCUGUGAUGCAAUUUAUAGUUUUCUGAAAAGAUGCUUUGUUUCAGAUAUUUGGGUUUACAUUGUAUUUCAUAUUCAUUAUGUUUAGUACUUAUUCAGUACAGGCUGCAUGCUUUUACCAUUUUAUUUUUCUGCAGUUUAUUUUAGAUGUAUUGUAGAUUCACUCUCCCGUAGUAGAAGCCUGACUCUUUUAAGUUUAAUUUCUUUGAUUGACUACAUGGAAUUUUCAGAUAUUAAAGCUUUAUCCACACUGAAAUGCAUUUUUUUUGUAAAUAAAAGGGUUAUUAUUUGUGCUUUCUCAUAAAAAUCUCACUACAUGUAGAACAUUCUAAAAACAUUAUUGAAAUAUUAUUAGUCAUGUCUAACACUGCACAAACUUGUCUCACUUAAACAAAAGAGAUUGCAGAACACACAUUUAUGUUGUAAAAACCACUCUUAUUCUCUGUGUAGAAGUCAAGUCUUUAAAUGGACUUUAUGGCUGUGGAUUUGGACAAAUGAUCAAAAUGCCUAAAAAGGCAUCAUAUAUUUGAUCACAUUCCUUAACCCAUUACUAAUUUCCAAGGGAAAUUGUGCAUUCAGUACAGUGAUCCUUGACUUGGUUGUAAAGGAAAAUUUGAUUUCCUGUUUGCCCAAUG